AUGAUUGAUCAACAACAACAACUGAUUGAGCAACAGACGCAACAACAACAACAACAACAACAACAACUGAUGCAACAGCAAAAGCAACAACAUCAGAUGCAGCAACAGCAACCCCAACAUCAGCAACAGCAACCCCAACAACAGGUGCAACACAAAUCAUUAUAUCAAUAUCAAAAACAUAUUCUACAACAACAACAACUUCAGCAGCAUCAGCAGCAGCAGCAGCAGCAACAACAGUUGCCACAGUUGCCACAAUCACAGUCACAGCCACAGCCACAGCAACAACAACAACAGUUAUCACAGCAACAACUUAAAUACCAACAAAUGCAACUGAUUAGGCAACAACAACAACAACUUCAGCAACAACACCAGCAGCAACAACAACAACAACAGCACCAGUCACAGCCACAGCAGCAGCAAGAGCUUCCCAGCAUUGAUUGGAGGCUCACUGGUAAUCAUUCAUCAUUAUGGUUGCCUGAGCCCGAGUCCAGCUUUGUGAGGAAGACAAACUCCAGCCCGCCAACAGUCCAGUCGCCCACACAGUUCUUCUCCGCCUCGAUGAUGGGUGCUCCUCAUUCCGGUUCAUCAUCGCCUAUACAACAGAUGUUUGGAUACCAAAACCAAGCCCAAGCCCAAGGCCAGGUCCAGGCCCAGGUCCAGCCUCAGCCUCAGACUCAGCCUCAGGCCUCUCCCCAUCAAUACCACAACAAUCAACAUCAUAAUGGAUCAUCCUCAGCCACAAGCAGUCCUCAUCAAUACUCACAUCAACAACUACAACAGCAGCAGCAGCAGCUGAAACAAGUUCGCAAGGCUCCACAUGUCUCUGAACUGCUUACUCGUGAGAUCAUUGACAUGGACCAUCGCCCUGUGUCUCCGCCCUUGCCUGAUCACCAUCGCCCUGCGUCUCCACCUUCUCCCACAACGCCCAAGCACCAUCGUCCUAUCUCCCCACUCUUGCCCGAAUAUCAGCGUCCAGUGUCACCUCUGCACCAUCAUCUUGUAUCACCACCACAAACACCCGACCAACAACUGAAGCGACAACAACAACUUGUCCAACAACAACUACUUCAACAAAAGCGACAACAACUGCUCCAACAGCAAGAGCAACUCCUCCAGCAGCAAGAGCAGCAGGAGCAACUCCAUCAACUCCAUCGUCAACAACAAAAUGAUGAGCGAUUCGGUAUAAGAAGCAUCACCAAUGCCAACCCUCCACAUUCACCACGACAACAACAGCAACACCAACAUCCACAUCCUUAUCGACCACCACAACAACAACAACAAGUCCAGCGUCAACAACAUCAGCCUCAGCAACAGCAGCCCCAGCCCCAGCAACAACAAAAACCAAGACAUCAACACCAGGAACAACAACAACAACAACAACAUCAACAACCAAAACAUGUAGAACAGCAUCAACAACCAAAGAAUCAAAGCACUAAAGAGAUGGACCAGACAUCAAUGGACCUCCAACUACCAGCCCCAGUGACGGCCGCAUCAAUCGCAGCCAAUGGACUGAACCUCAAUGACCUUAUCAAGAACUAUGAGACCAAGUACAAGCCAAUGAGGAAGCUUGGCAUGAGCGGCAACAAUCCAGUCAAUCUCAUGAUGCUUGGUGGCGGUGGUGGCUCAAGGGCCUCCGAGGCACUGGCAGUGACUGGCUCAGCAGCAUCAUCCGCAUAUCAUGCCACACACAGCAUCGGGGACUCCAACGAGAGCAGUCCAACAACAGAGAUCUUCAUCACAAUGGAGCACUUUGCACAUUUGGACCAUCCCUCGUACACAACGAUACCAAUCGCGACACAGAUGUACUCGUGCCCUGUCUGGGGCUGUCCCAAGCUGUUCCAAAAGUUCAAGGACAUCGAGGUGCAUUGCAUGCAAGUGCAUCCGGCCAGCGCGGCCAACCCUCUCGAGCAGCGUGGCGUCGACAUUGUCGCGCUCUCCGAGCUGUCCGACGCCACGGCGCUCAAUCACCACUCGGCCGGCUCGAUACCGGUGCUCAUCUCGGGUCUGCCCAAGUCGUGGCGCACAUCAGAGCUGUCUAUCGACAGUCUGUUACAACACUAUGGCACCAACAGGACCAUGUGGAACAUUGUCGAUGAAGAUGGAGUCAAUUGUCAAUGGGUUGGCGACUUUAAGAAGUUCUUCGAUACCACUUCCAGACAAAGACGUAACAGCUGUAUUGUCAAGAUGAGCCUCGACCUUCCCUCCAAAUGGGAUCCAUUACCAACAACCAAGACCAACUAUCUAAGUCUAUUCACACAUUCAUACCUCUUUGUUGCAGGCUCUGGCUCUGUUAUAUCACUUCAUCGACAGUUUACAGACCUGACAAUCACUACAAUUCAAGGAUUGAUGAGGGUUAUAAUGUUCCCUCCAAACAAGAUGAUGGACAUUGGCAAAUAUAACAAGGACUUCUUGAUCAAGGAGAAUAGCAAGAGUAGUUUUAUAUACUUUGAUCAUCAACUCACUGAAGAUGACUUGGACCUUAUCUCAAAGUUUGGUGGACGCAUUGUAUUCCUCAAGAAGGAAGAGAGUCUUUUUGUCCCCGCCGGCUGGUACUUCCAAACAACAGUCCUCGACGAUGAGUGUAUAUUUGUACAUGGCCAAUGUUUGAAUCAGAACAACUUGGAGUUCUUCUUGCAGAACUUGCGAAGGAGAUCAUUUGGAGACAGUCUGACAAUCGAGGAUCUGAUCAAGAAUAUCAUCACAGACUACAUGGCACGAGCCAGUGGCCUUUGUGUACAACGCCGACCAAAGGUAUCGGGCGUCUCUGGUCUACUGGGCUCGUCGGCAGCCGCAGUGGCAACGCGUCAGUGGAACAACUUCCAGUGUCCCUUGGACAAGAUGUCCAUCUUCCAGCAGGUGACGAUCAUCAUGAGAGAAUGUUUCACACUGAUAUCUGCCUACUAUCUCGUUACACAAUCGAUGCGCGUUGAAGACAAGAUCAAACUGGAACAACAUCAACUCGUAGAAGGACUCAAAAAGUCAACUAACGAGUUGAACUACUCACUACUCUCUUUAUCCAGCUCAGGUCGUAUGUCUGGAUAA